AUGGCCGAAAACAAGGAACAGCCGCCGCAAGGUGCCGUUGUCAUAUCCAACAGCAAGGAAUCUCCGUGGUACUUCCACGAGAUUGAUACUCUUACCCCAGAGGUCCGGGAGCUGCUGGAGAAGUACAGCGGCAUCCCGCCCGAGAAAGUCGAGGCUCAUGUGAAGGAAGUGAGGGACAAAGCCUGGGAAAUCCAUCCCUACCCAUGUAUCGGAACGUUCCGCUUCCUUGAUCUCAGCAUGUACAAAGAGCCAUACUAUGAGGAGGUACUCUCUCGCGUCAAGAACGGCGAGAAGCUGCUCGACUUAGGCUGCUGCUUCGGGCAGGAGCUCCGCAAACUCGCCUACGACGGCGCCCCGCCCUCCUCCCUCUACGGCAGCGACCUGCGCCCAGAGUUCCUCACCCUCGGCCACACCCUCUUCCUCGACGAAGCCAAGCUGCCCGCGUCGCCGCACUUCAUCGCGGCCGACGUCUUCGACGACGCAUCACCCUUGCAGCAGCAGCUGGCGGGCAGCGUGUCGGUCGUGCAGGCGCAGGCUUUCUUCCACCUGUUCCCGCGCGCCGACCAGCUGCGCGCCGCCGAGCGCGUCGUCGCCCUGCUCAAGCCCGAGCCCGGCGUCGUCGUCGUCGGCUCCCAGAUCGGCUCGCCCAAGCCUGGCGUCAGCGAGAGCUGGACCCACGGCAAGAAGGCCGAGCGCUUCGUGCACGAUCCCACUACUUGGCGCGAGCUGUGGGAUGAGGUUGGGCAGAGGACUGGGACGAAGUGGGAGGUCGUCGAGGCGAGGCUGAAGAAGGUAGAGAAGAAGGAUGUGAGCCCGGAGUUGCUGAAGAGGGUCGGGCCUGAUGGUGUGCAUUGGCUGAGCUUUUGGGUGAAGAGGGUCGAGUAG